GCAAAUAACUGUUACAAAUUUGUAUGCCUUGUGCCUAGGAAAAGUAGUCAAAAGGCGUUUUAAGUGGCAGUUGCGUUGGCCAAGGAAAAAAAGACGCGUAUGUGUUUGUGUCCGGCGAUUGAGCUGCGGGUGCAGCACGCGAGGAAGGAAGGUGCAUCGUCUGUGCGCUAUGAAUACUAGAGGAGUACAACGAUAGCAUGACGCGCGACGGCGAAAUUCCAGCCAUCUUCAAUCCGAAACGUGUGCGCACGCCAUCGGUGGUGGUCACUGGCGAUUCCUCGAAUGGUCCAUAUAAUAAUAACAACAGUGGUGGCGGGAGUGGUGGUGCCGGUGGCGCCACUACAAGCAGCAGCUGCGGCUUCAGCAAUGUGCUUAACACAAGUAAUCCACAAAUAACCCACCAGGAUUCGAUAUCAUCGAGCCAACAGGAUCCCAAUGAGGUCAUUACCAUACAGGCGGAAACACCGACCGCCCAUAACGCACAACACUUCGGCAGCGGCAACGACUCGUCGGACACACAUACACAAAUAACAAUAGACCUGCAGCAGCAUGGGAAUGGCGCAACGUCCUUGGGGGAGGAGGCGGCGGAAGUGCGCUUCAAAAAGCUCAAAGCCUGCAAAGAGUCUUGCUGCUCCGAACUGGCACAGAAGAUGUACUUUGGCGUUUGCGUGACCAUUUUCGUGACCGCCUCAUGGGUGGGCGCCACACACUGCAUUAAGUACAUGUACCUGUAUCAAGCGCCCUACGAUGACGACUCUGAUUAUGACUUGGACACAUCUUCCAGUCGAGCCGAAUUGAGCAGCGAGAUCGAGAAUAUAUUGGCCAUCAGCGAAACGUCAAUGCAUCACGUCGAGGACGCCACCGAGAUGUUCAAUAUACCACCGCGCCAGCCUGUCUACUUUAGCGCACCAUUCUUUGCCGCCUGGUUUUUUACCAACUUUUCGCUACUCUUUUUCCCCAUCUACGUGCUGGGCAGCAUGUCGGCCCGCAAGUGCAACAAACUCAGUGAAAUUUUGGGUGAUGUCCUGAGAGGAUUUCGCGAGCGCGGCUUUACCAUAGGGCGAUUUCUCAAUCGCUGUCUCUCCUUCUGCAUAUUGUGGCUGGUGACCACAUAUCUCUACACGUUGUCGCUGCACGUGCUCUUCGCCACAGACUCGCUGGCUCUGUUUGCCACUAAUGUGGCAUGCGUCUAUCUACUCUCCUGGGUCAUACUGCACGAGCAGUUCGUCGGUGUACGGAUUGUGGCCGUCAUACUCUGCGACACGGGCAUCGCGCUGCUGGCCUACAUGGACGGCAUCACCGGCGAGAGUCGCACGCUCAGUGGCGUGGUGCUGGCCACCUUGGCGGCAGCUGGCUAUGCUGUUUUUAGGGUUAUGUUUCGCAAGGUGAUGGGCGAUCCACCAGUGGGCCAAAUAGCGUUCACCUUCACCACGCUCGGCUUUCUCAAUGCUCUACUGCUGUGGCCUGUCGUGCUGGCGCUCUACUUGACAGGCACGGAAAACCUGUCAUCAGAAAGCAUACCAUGGCAUGUUCUGCUCGCGGCUAGCGUUCUGCUCCUGGUUUUCCACGUUCUGAUGCAGUUCAGUGCCGCCGUUACCUACAACAUGUUUGUGACAUUGGGUCUGAUUACGGCAGUGCCCGUUUCUGGUGCACUCGACGUAAUAUUGUAUAGCGCAACAUUUGCUGGAAUGAAACUAGCCGGUGUCAUACUUAUCGGCAUUGGGUUCUUUCUAAUUAUGUUCCCUGAAAAUUGGCCCGAUUACAUAACGCGGUUGUUGCGAAAGAGCGUUCGUGCCAUACUCCGUUACCAAUGUUGUUGUGAAUUAGCCGAAAUUCGCUAUGCUCAUUCGAAGCAUCAUAAUGUUGGGUCACAAUGCGAGAUGGGGUCGCGGCCCUCGGAGCGGUACUUCAACAGGUCAGCAUCCCACCAUUAUCGACUAUCGGACGGGAUACAUAAGGUCCCAUCUUCGUUCACCCUCUGGCCGUGUGAGAUGACUGAUCUAUCGCCAACUGGGUUUCUGCAUGGCAACGCACACCACCAUCAGCAGCAUCAGCAGCUCUUACAGCAACAACAACAACAAUAUCAGCAGCACCACCGCCUCCACCAGCAACAGCAGCAGCAACAACACCUGCAACGCCAACACUCCCACACUUCGCUAACGAUGAUCCAUCGGCAGAGCAGCAGCCACAGCGCCCAUGGGAGCCGCCGAGGCAGCGGCAGCUCGCGGGCACCGACCGCGGGCAGUGGCAGCGGUCGCCUCUUCUCCUACUUCGGCAAUGAGCACGAGCACGAGCGGAAAAAGUCGGAGACCUCGUUCUUCAAUUUAGGCUUUCGACGAAAGUCGACUGUGGUCUACUAUGCGGCCACCGAUUAGAUGGAGCUCGAAGUCUAGGAGCGAAGCUUCGGUUGUAAGCUGACCGCGAUCCGGACCGAUCCGGUCUAGUACGGUCCUGCAUAUCAAAACGAGUAUAUAGAAAAUAAUCACAUGAUCAUUCGAUACGGUAAAUGCGUUUGACGAACAAUCAUUGAAAGUAUAGGCGAAUUAUUAUAGAAAAGAAGCACUUUAUAGAUAUCCAGUUUUCUGCUUUCGUGCGUAUCAUGAUUAUAAGUACAUACUCAUUAUGUCAUAUUCAAGUUGUUGUUGUUAUUGUAAAAGUUUAAUUAAAGUACACACAGUUACAAUUUUGCUCAAAUAUUAAAGAUACUUAUACGUACAUAACGCCGAAGGGCGCAGAGAAAUAUUUUCAAUUCAAUUUAACACAAUAACCAGGCUAUACCCGAUAAUAUCGAAUCAAUAUAACCGCAUCCACAUCCACAACCUCAUUCCCAUAUCACCAAUGUGCAGAUAACCCCAGAAAUGAAGGAGCUAUACCAAUGAACUCGAAAGUGCCCCCAAAGUUAACGUAAAAAUCUCAGAUUUCGGUUUUGUGCCAUAGUCGUAAUACGCCCAUCAACUAUGGCUAUGGUGCUCAACCAGAAGAACUCGAUAUUUGAAAAAUUGCAAUAUUUGGAAUGAGAAAACAAAUCGAAGCCAAUUGAUUUUAGCAAUUAUACACAAUACUAAAAUAAUUCAAUUACAAAUUAAAAAUUUUAGGCUACACACCCAGGCACAUAGAAAGGCAAGGAUGGAAACUCCAAUCCAAGAUAACUUAGCCAACGAAUAAACAAAAGUAAAGCCAAUAUUGCAAGAACAUAGUUUAUAGACAUCACCAGGCAAAGGCAGAACCCAUUAACCAUAAUAAUAAUAAGCCCAUUUUAAAUACUAAAAUUCUGAGAUCCGUAUUGUUUUAAACGCUAAGCCACACAACAGAUUCCAGCAAGGAUUUGAUUUUGUUGCGCGUUUCUUGUUAACUGGUUUUUUGAGAGCGAACUGAACUCUUGAGAGCGGUAUUUUAUUAACUAAAAUACAUAUGUAUUUUUUAAAUGUUUAUGUGUUGUAAAUUAGCGAAACGUUGUGUACCACUUAUUGUUAUUGUAGAAUUCAAACCAAAAUCGAAAUCCAAACUCCAAAACUGUUGUAUUACUGUGUAAUAAAACAGUUGUGAAUCAUGUGUCCAAAGAUCUCAAUCGCCGUUCGAUAUGGACACACAAUUCCCAACUGUUUACAUACGCAGUUGUAUGUGUUAAGUUAUGCAGCCACACCUAAUAAUUGAUUUGUGAUAGUUUUUAAAAAAAAGAAGAAA